AAGCGUCUUGCAAUAGCGCAAAUCAAUAAAAACACGGCAGAGAAAGCAGAUGCCUACCACAAUCUAGGCACAGCUUAUUUCAACCUCCAGGACUUCCAUCAAGCAAUAGAGUACCUCAAGCAAUUCCUGAGCAUUGCUGAGGAAGUCGGUAACAGAGCAGGUGCAGGAUGUGCAUACAGAAAUCUCGGCCGUGCUUAUGAAAUCCUGGGUGACUCCCAAAAAGCAAUAGAGUACCACAAUCAACACCUCAUCAUUACCACGGAACUUGGUGACAAGGCACAAGAAGGAUGUACCUAUGGCGAUCUCGGCGCUGCUUAUUACAGCCUUCAAGAAUUCCAACGAGCAAUAGAGUACCACAAUCAACACCUCAUCAUUGCCAAGGAAGUUGGUGACAGGGCAGGGCAAGGCAAAGCCUAUGCCAAUCUCGGUCUUGCUUAUCACCGCCUUAAUGAAUUCCAAAGAGCAAUAGAGUACCAUAAUCAACACCUCAUCAUUGCCAAGGAAGUUGGUGACAGGGCAGGGCAAGGCAAAGCCUAUGCCAAUCUCGGUCUUGCUUAUCACCGCCUUAAUGAAUUCCAAAGAGCAAUAGAGUACCAUAAUCAACAACUCAUCAUUGCCAAGGAAGAUGGUAACAGGGCAUGGGAAGGCAAAGCCUAUUCCAAUCUCGGCGCUCUUUAUAACUGCGUUGAAGAAUUCCAACAAGCAAUGAAGUGCCACGAGAAACACCUGAGAAUUGCCGAGGAAGUCGGUAACAGAGAAGAAAAAGGAAAUGCCUAUUUAAACAUCGGCGACGUUCAUAGAUCCCUCUGCAACGUGCCAUUAGCAAUGGAGUACUACAAGCAAUGCCUGAGCAAUGCCGAGGAAAUCGGCGACAAGAAGCAACAAGGACAUGCCUAUUGCCGCCUCGGAGCUUGUUAUAGAAAUCGCGACGACUUCAAGGAAGCAAUAGAGUGUUACAAGCAACGCCUGAGCAUUGCCGAAGAAAUCGGUAGCAGGAUGGAUAAAGCAUGUGCACAUACAGGUCUGGGUCACUGUUUUUGGAACUUACGUUCUUGGAAUGAGGCGUCAGAACAUUUUAGAUGUAGUGUUCAAAUCUAUGACACUAUUAGAGCCAAUUCUAUCUCGGAAGAUCAAUUGAAAAUAAGUUUCCGUACGCAUCCUGAUCAUCGAUGUGCCUAUACUCAUUUAUGGCAAAGUUUACUAAUGCUUCAAAGAUAUGGUGAGGCUUUAUACACCGCUGAGAGGGGACGGGCACAGGCUUUGCUCGAUGCCUUAAAAGUAACUUAUGGCCUUACUUCACUUUCUCCCAGGUCAAUUGUAUCUGAAGAAGAAGUCACAAAUGUUUCAAAGAAGACAACUGUGUCAACAGUUUUUCUUGCCCUACAAAAGAACCUGCUCCAUGUGUGGGUAUUGCGAAAAGAAGGCAACCUUAUCUUUGAGCAAUUGACGUUACCAGCGAGUGAGCACGAAGAUUCCUUUUCUUCCCUUUUAGACUUUGUUUUGGGAUGCAUUGGGGCUGGCGUCGGUAUCAGGUGCGAAAAUCGGUCAAUGGAUAAGCUGAAUACAACAACGUCAACUACUCGAGAUGAACAUCAAACAUCGGAGCCAUCACAGGAGAGCACCGACCUUUUGCAGCCAUUAUAUGAUGCAGUUCUUGGUCCCAUUGAAGACUUGCUUGAUGGUGAUGAACUAAUUGUAGUUCCUGAUGGCGCUUUGUCUAAAGCUCCUUGGGCAGCCCUGAGUGAAACUUUAAGGAUCCGGACUGUUCCCUCACUGACAAGUUUGAAAGUCAUCACAGAUUCUCCAAUUGAAUACCACAGUGAAAGUGGAGCCCUGCUUGUUGGAGAUCCAUGCUUGAAGAAAAUUACAGAUAAACGGGGGAACCCCAUUUAUGAUCCUCUGAAGUACGCAAGAAUGGAAGUGGAGAUGAUUGGAGAAAUUCUAAAGAGUCAAACUUUAACAGGUGAAGAUGCAACCAAAGAAGCGGUACUUCAGGGAAUCGCGUCAGUUGCUUUGGUUCACAUCGCAGCCCACGGAAGGAAGGAAACUGGAGAAAUUGUUUUGGCUCCAGACUCCCGAUGGGAAUGCAAGACUUUUACGGAGGAGGACUAUAUUUUGAAACUGUCUGAUAUACAAGCUGUGAAGCUGAGAGCAAGGCUAGUUGUGCUUAGUUGCUGCCACAGUGGUCAAGGAAAGGUCUCGUCUGAGGGUGUGGUCGGUAUGGCACGUGCUUUCUUGUUUGCUGGUGCUCGUUCCGUGCUGGCGACACUCUGGGCAAUUGAUGACGAAGCCACAAUGAUGUUUAUGAAGUCUUUCUACCAACAACUUGGAAGUGGAGAGAGUGCAAGUGUUGCUCUUCAGGGGGCCAUUAAAUGUCUUCGAGACUCCCAGGAUUAUUCUGCUCCAAAGUACUGGGCUCCUUUUGUUCUGAUGGGCGAUGACGUUAAGAUUGAAUUGGAAAGAGUCAUUGAGGAAGUCGUAAGUGGAGAUUUUAUUUCCUGCUGUUCUAGUAACAGAAGGCUUAAAAGAAAAGCCAGAACCAUUCUUGUCAAAUUCAGAUGAGAGGAAAAUGACAGACUUGCUAAUAAAAAGAAUAAAAAUAUGUACAAAGUAAGGAUUGGCUGGGUGGUAAGUGUUAAAUUAUUAUGGAUUCACUCAAGUAAAUGCUAUUCCUAACCGGCUACCAACACAUUUCAAAAAUCAAUUGAACACUAGGCAUUGCUUAAUGUUCUCAAUUGUUAAAUAGUUUAGGUCAGGUGUGGAUAAAAGAUAUACAUAGGGAAUAAGUUUCCUUCGUUUUUCUACAGGACUAGUACUAUAUGUAGAGAAAUUCAUAGCUUCAAAACGAACAAAUAUGUCUAACAUGUUAAAUGUUUUUGAUUUUGCUAUUUUUCAUAUCAUCAUCCAUGGCAUCCUAAAAUUUAACGCUUUGACCUUUAUUUUGUUUCGAAAUGAAAGAUUAAUUAAUGUAUCAAUUGUUACUUUCUUUACAGGGAUGCGCUGAAAGUUUGAUGUCAACAGAACUGCUGAAGUAGCGUGUAUAUAUCUGGAUUUCUCCAAAGAAAGAAGUGCGUUAUUUAAUAGCUGUCCUCAAUGGGGCGUUUGGUAAAAAAGCGUGUUUUCAUUUUAGUCAUUUUUUGUCAGAAGAUAUUAAAUAGAGAGAUUUAUAGUCACGCUAACGGCAAAUGGCAAACGUCUACAGAUUCAAGUUGGGAAUUUCUCAAAAUAGAAAAUACGCGGAUAAAAUGAAAACAACUCAAAGCAAUUCUUAUGGAUAAAACUAACUUGAAACUAACAAUUUUUUGUAGAUUUAUUUAACAGCAAACGAGAAAACUCGAGAGGUAAAGGGAACACUUAUUCACGUGGUACAAAUCCACGGUUUGCCGUAAACGAAACUCUAAAUCUCUCUAAUUAAUAACUUCAAAAAAAAAAACGUUGUAAAUCAAAGGGCAUACUGUAUACUGUGGAGCUCUAUAUUAGCCACGGCUACACAUAUCAAUUUUAACUUAGGAAAAAGACAAACAAUUUUCGUGGGGAAAGAACUUAACGUUGUCCACAAGUAUUUCGUUACUCCCGUGAAACUGACUGAAUAGUAGUACACAUGAUUGCCCCUUUUCUCGUGUAACCUACCUUAACCGGCAAAUUGUAAUUUGGCAAAGGAAAAUUGCAUUGUAAUAAUUGUAAUAUUGAUGAUAAUCAUCAUCAUCAUCAUCAUAAUCUUAAUAAUUUCUUUUCAGUUUUUUCCCCCUCGGCUGUAUAAAGCAAAUGACUGAAACAAAUAAUUCAAAUUAAUUUAACAGGGUUAACCCUCGGAGGUACACGCAGAUUCAUACCCCAGCGUGGUAUAAGGGGGAGGGGUGGAUUGAACCCCUCUCCAGAGUUCUUGAUCAUGAUAAUUUUAACUUCAGUGGAAAGCCUUUGAUCUACUCAACAAGAUGA